CCUUUCCGCGCCGCAGUUUCUUGUUCGUUAAGGCGGGGGAUGGCGGCGCCGCUCCUCUUCUACGAUCUCAGCCUCCUCUCGUCCUCCUUCUCCUCCUCCGGUGACGGCGCCAAUGGCAACUCCAACUCCAACUCCUCUUCCUCCUCCCGCCUCCAACUCUUAGCCGCCACGGCGCGCGCUCUCGAGCUCGGCUACGCCGCCGUCGCUCUCGACCACCCCCACCGAGGCCUCCUCGCCGAUUCCCACCGCUGCCUCACCGAGCCUUUCGCGCCCCUCUCCUCGCUCCCGCUCCCAUCCUCCGCCGCUCUCCAUCGCCGCCGCCUCGCCUCCCCCGCCUCCGAGCCCUUCCGCCAGUACACCCGAAUCACCCUCUCCCUCGAUUCCGCUGCAGCCACCGCUUCCGCGCUCGCCCCCUCCGCCUCCCGCCUCCUCCGCACCUACGACCUCGUCGCAGCCCGCCCCCUCACCCAGGCCGCAUUCGAUCACCUCUGUCAGGCACCCCUCUCAGCCCAGCACCUUGAUCUCAUCUCCAUCGAUUUCUCUUCCCAUGGUAAGCUGCCCUUCCGCAUCAAGGCCCCCAUGCUCAAGCUUGCCCUGCAAAAGGGGCUGCAUUUCGAGAUCGCCUACUCCGCACUCAUUUCUACUGACGCCAAUGCCAAGAGGAACCUCAUUGCUGAAGUCAAGCUUUUGGUGGACUGGACCAAAGGAAAAAAUCUCAUCAUCUCAAGCGCUGCUCAUACUGCUUCCCAGAUCAGAGGCCCCUACGAUGUCAUCAACCUAUCUGCUUAUUUACUUGGCAUUCCCAUUGACCGAGCAAAAGCUGCUAUGUCCACAAACUGCAGGUCACUUGUUUUGAAGGCUAUGAGGAAGAAACAUUUCUACAAAGAAACAAUUAGAGUUGACAGACUAUUACCAAAUGAAGAAUUGACUUCAACAAAAUUCAAGCUUGCUGAUUGGAUUGGUUGGAAUUCUGUAUCAUCUGAAGUAGGAGCAAAUCAGCUGGAACCUUCUUCCAACUUUGAUGAACUUCCUGGUUCACCCAUAUGUGUUGUAAUAGAAGGGUCACACGAAAAACCUCACAAUCCUGAUGUGUCUGUCUUUGCUAAACUGUCAGAACAACUGAGUGAUCAAGAUCAAAUCCCAUCCGAAACUCAAGAAGAGACGCUACAAGUUGACAGAACUGAAGUCCUGACAGAUUGUGGCCAAUCUAUCUUGCCAGUAUCUUUCAAUUAUCAGAAUGCUAUACUUGAGAAGGCCGAAAACAAUGAAGUUUUUGUGAAUCCUUUUGUGCAGCCUGGUACAGGUUGUUUUGCUGAUCCAAAAAUUAUCGCCAAGCAUGUUGAAUUUAUGCAGGAUGCAAUGGAAGCAGAUACAAUAGAAUCAUGUAGGCCAAAACUCGUUGUCGGUGACAAUAUUCCUUCAACCUCUGAUACUAGUACAAAGCUAGCAUGUUCUGCUCUUCCGCAUGGCAUAGAGCUUUCUGGUACUAGUCUUGAGGAUCAGGGGCCAAGUCACUCUAGUGAAAUCCUAGCCAAUGAUAAGUCUUAUAUGAAAUAUCACACUGAUUGCACCUCUGGUGUGAGUGAGGUUCAUGAAAUUUCUUCUGGUGCUGAUGUUUGGCCUGAGGACAAGGAUUCAGACAGGUCUAAUGUAAUGCAAGCUGAUAAUGAGGCUUGCAGAGGUACUUCAGAACCACUGAAGUGCCCCCCAUGUGGGGUGGAUGACAAGGCACCAUCCGAUCUUUCAUUUUACUCAAGUCAUGAAUUAUGCAGGGAUGUUAUAAUUCAGCAGAAAGUUAUGGAGGGAAAAGUAGAGCAAAGUAGGAAUGAAAACAUAGUACAAACUGUGGAAAAUGAAGCAGAAUCCGUUGACACAAAAACAAGAACAUCUAUUUCAGUGGAACCUACGUCCCAUGGUCAGGAGAUCAGCUCAACUAUUCAUACAAGAAGCACUGGUGCAAGCUGUGAAAGUGAUGAGCUGAAAGAACAGAAUUUUAAGGACAUAAGUGCUUCUUUGGAUAAAAGUAUUGCUAAAACGCAUGAGCUACUUCAAAAAUUUCCUUAUCCAAGUGGUAAGGCUGGGAUGUCCACAGUCAGAUCAGAAAAGCGAAGACAUAAACUAAGGCCGCACCAUCCAGCUUAUCUUCCUUUCUUGGGCUUCCUUCGGUCCAUUUGUUUCAAGAAGAAAAUAUGCAAAUGAAGGGUCAAUGGUUUAAUGUGUGGUUGCUUUGGUAUCUUGAAAUCGAUGCAGGUUGCAUGUAAAAGGAAGUUGUAAGAAUUGUGGUGUGCACAAGCAAUUUGGCUCAUGUCAAAAGACAAUAGAUCUAUGGUGCCCUUUGACUUUAUCUUGUCGGUUGGCUAAGGCCACUUAAAGUCGUCAGGGCAUAUGGCUAUGUCAACAUGACACGCAAUUCUUGAGUGGGCUACUGUAGGGAUUCACGAGAAGCUGCGGCCACAAUAGGAGCAGGGAGCGCUGGGAUUGGUGCAAGGACACUCCAGUGAUGUUACCAACCAAUUGCCAACUGAAAACAGCGUCCUGGGUCAAUAGCAGGAAACUUGUGCCCAAUAGUUGCUCGAAACAAAACUGAUUCUUGUGGGGCUCAGCCUUGCUGUAGGCUGCAUUAUUCAAAGGUGGUAUCAUAUCAUUUCUUCGUCCCCCACCAAAAAUCUUGGGAGAUGUCACUUCUGAUUUGGAAGCUCAUCAUAUGAGCCAGUGCGGUGCGCUUUGUAGGGACAAAGUCUUUUCAAGGGAUGCUUUUGCGUUUAAUUGUGAUCAUCAUUCAGUGAGCUUCCUUUGCAAUGACCUUUGUUUCUCAAAACCUGGAUGUAAACGAACUAACUGCAUGGAAAAUCUUGGAAGAUGUCACUUCUGAUUUUGGAAGCUCA